AGAGCAGGGGCUCGGGGCCGGCAGAGCAACAAACGGGCCGGUCGGGCGGCGCUACACGUAGUGCGAUUAGGGGACCGUGCGUGUCCGUCAGCUGCAGAUUUGACAAGGGAGGGGGUAACUGCAGCUUUCUACACCGCGUUACUGCUCUGCUCCUUCUGUCACUGCACUUUUACUCCCGUUACAUCUGCGCACGGAUUGGCUAGGCCUCCGCCUCAACUUCCAUGGCCUUUGGUUUCCAGUGCACAGGCCGCUGUCCCCGCCCAGACGGGUUCCAGUAGUCUGACUGCAGAAGCCUGUUGCAUUGUGGGAAAUCAGUAUGUCAUUCAGCGGGGAAAUGUCCAAUGGCAAAACAGAUGUAACCAAUGGUGGGUUUUCCAGUAGUCCGGAGGACAUGUCGGGGGCAGAGGAAGGGAAGGAGAACUCGUCGGGGAUAGAGGUGGAGGCCUCAGACGUGAGUUUGAGUCUGACUGCGGAUGAGACUGGCACGACGCAGGCAGAAAGCAGAGACAGUUGCUCUGAGACCUCUGGGGAAGAUAAAGACUCUGACAGUAUGGAUGAUACAGGUCAUUACUCUAUUAACGAUGAGAACAGAGGGAAUGACCAGUCCCACUCAGAGGAUGAGGAGGAGGAAGAAGAAGAUGAGGAGGAGGAAGCAGUGCGACAUCGGAAACGGGCCCAGCGCAAAAGAGCCAACCGAGAUCAGGAGUCGUCUGAUGAAGAGAGAGCUCUGGACGACUGGCUGAUCUCAGAGAAAACUCCACUCCCCCCUCCUCAAUGGAGGGCACUCAGCGCUCUCAGGCAGAGACAGAUGGGCAGCAGCACUCGCUUCAUCUAUGAGGCCUGCGGGGCCCGGGGCUUUGUGCAACGGUUUCACCUCCUUCACGGUCUGGAUGGGCACAGCGGCUGUGUGAAUACCCUGCACUUCAACCAGCGCGGCACCUGCUUGGCUAGUGGCAGCGACGAUCUCAAAGUGGUCGUGUGGGACUGGGUCAGGCGCAAACCUGUGCUGGAGUUUGAGAGUGGCCACAAAAGCAACGUCUUCCAGGCAAAGUUCCUGCCGAACAGCGGAGACUCCACACUGGCAAUGUGUGCCCGGGACGGGCAAGUACGGGUCGCAGAACUGUCGGCCACUCACUGCUGCAAAAACACAAAGAGAGUGGCACAGCACAAGGGCGCGUCACAUAAGCUCGCUCUGGAACCAGACUCUCCAUGCACUUUCCUGUCUGCUGGGGAGGAUGCCGUCGUUUUUACCAUUGACCUACGGCAAGACCGGCCAGCCUCGCGGCUAGUGGUCACCAAGGAGAAGGAGAGCAAGGUGGGCCUGUACACCAUAUACGUCAAUCCAGCCAACACCUACCAGUUUGCUGUGGGGGGCCGGGAUCAGUUUGUCAGGAUCUAUGACCAGCGGAAAAUUAAUGAAAAUGUAAAUAAUGGUGUGCUGAAAAAGUUCUGCCCCCAUCACCUGGUGACGAGUGAGGCUAAGGCUAAUAUUACAUGCCUGGUGUACAGUCACGAUGGCUCAGAGCUCCUCGCCAGUUACAAUGAUGAAGACAUCUACUUGUUCAACUCCUCCCACAGCGACGGCGCAGAGUAUAUCAAGAGAUACAAAGGCCAUAGAAACAAUGCCACAGUUAAAGGGGUGAAUUUCUACGGCCCCCGGAGUGAGUUUGUGGUGAGCGGCAGCGACUGUGGCCAUAUCUUCCUGUGGGAGAAAUCCUCCUGUCAGAUUGUCCAGUUCAUGGACGGGGACAAAGGAGGAGUGGUUAACUGUCUGGAGCCACACCCCCACCUGCCCGUAUUGGCCACCAGCGGCCUUGACUAUGAUGUGAAAAUCUGGCUUCCGACUGCCAAAGAGCCAACAGAAUUAGAUGGACUGAAGGAGGUGAUUAAGAAGAAUAAAAGGGAGCGAGACGAGGACAGUCUACAUCACACCGACCUGUUUGAUAACCACAUGCUCUGGUUUCUGAUGCAUCAUCUCCGGCAGAGGGGUCAGCGCAGGAGGAGGAGAGACGCUGGCCUGGGCGCGGGAGAUGCAGAAUCCGACGACUCGCCGAGUUCAUCCGAUAGCUCAGACGACGAUGAGGACGGUCCAGAUCGAGUCCAGUGCAUACCUUCAUGAGCAUCCGCUAUCCUCUGAGGCUGGAACCGGCUUGAUGACCUCCCACACUGGUGGGAACCAAGAGGAGUUUGUUACUAACACCGACAUUUUCAGCUUUUUAUUAAGGUUAUAGAACAAUCGUUUCAAAAAAAAUAACAAAAAAAAAAUCCAAAACCGUGAAAAAUACACAAAAAAGUCCUCUUCUGCCCAGUUCCUCUUUGUUUUUUGAGUUUUUUUUUUGUUGUUGAUGUUUUUGGGAAAAGGGCAACCUGUGCUUGGCAUCAAUUGCACUUUGGAAUUCUCUGCUUCAGUGUAAAAACCAUGUGAUUGGAGGAGAUGUUGGAAGCGUCUCAAGGCGCUAAACCAAUUAAAAUGAAGAGCAGAAGGAUUAUUUUUGUAAGGAAAAUUCCUCCGAUUAUCACAGAUCAGUUCUUCAGUUUGUUUUUUUCAGUUCUAGAUCGACUUUAUCUCCUGCACUGAAUCCCCGUCGAUAAUCUUAAUCAUAACGAUCGGGUGGAUGCAAAGCAAGGAGACCGAUGAUGGAGACCUCUAUGCUUCCGUCGCAUCUUGGAUGUGUACUCUACAGCAAAUUCAUUGAAAACCUUCACAAUGGUCAUUUUUUUUUUUUCGAGACCCUGAUGGGAGGUCCUGGAAUAAAUCCCACCCCUGCGGAACUUUGGCAGUCUGAGUUGAGCUCUUCCACAGCUCAGAGCACCGCAUUAAUGACGAGAAGAAUGUGGCGUCAACAUCUGGUGGUUCUUCUUGGUCAAAAAGUUGCCGAAGAGCCAUUGACUGGAUAUUGAUGCAAUUUGUGUGUUGUUUUUGCAAUUGCCCAUUUCACUAUUUGUAUUGCGUUACCUGCCCGCUCGUUGAACAAGCCAUAGACCAGCUGUAGGUAGACAUUAUCUUGGAUGGUUGGAGGAGCUCAGCCGACAGACCUAGACGCUAGUCAUCCCAUGCCUUAGUUCUGCUCUUAAUGCAAUUGGUGGCAUUAAUUAUAGAAUUUAAAGACCAUCUUCAGUCCCAUAUGUAGGGUAUCAUCCCAUUGACCUCCACCACUUCCAAUGCUAUUGUCUACCUUUGAUAUAUUGGUGACCCCUGACUUUUUUUCAGCUUCUUCUUCUUCCAGCUUCGGCCGUAUGCCCUUUAAUAUCGCUAUCCGUGUGACUAUAACCAGAGCCUCGUGCUAAAGAGGUCCAACUGGAAUGCACACAGCAUUAGAUCCGGUUGGUUUCAUUUCAGUUUUACUGGGCUUUGCCAACCUUGGUGGCGGGUUUUGAUUGGCCUGUUGCUUUUGAAGGUCAAAAGUUGACUUGAUACGUCAUUUUGUUGAGUAAAUGGGGUGCCACUUAUUGUCUACAUUCAAUCAUAAAAGUAGGGGAUGACCAUAACCCUUUAAAAUCCUCUAACAAUAGCAACGGCUCCUCUAGUGGCCUUAAAUAGAUGACGCCUUCCGGUUGCAGUCCUAGGACGAGGAAGAAUUCUGUCCACACCCACACGUUAUUCGUUAUUACUAACGAUACAGCCAUAUGCCACCUCCUUAGCAUCAUGGCCGUGGCUUGUUGAAGCACUGGCUGUAAUUGGUCGAUUCCAGUAAACUCUGGGCAAGUGCAUGAGCAAAAUUUUUAUUUAAAGGGGAACUUUUCCAGGCAUGUUAUUACCUUCCACAGAAGUUGUCCCGUACUUUUUUUUUUUUCCCCGCCACAAACCGCUGACCAUUAACCUGCAGGAUGCAAAGGUCCCACCCCCAGCAGGGAAUUGUAUAUACGUUGCGACAAUUUGCACUUUGGAAAGGAGGGAGGGGUGUGUUUCUCUUUUCCUGUUUUUUCCCUUUCCUUUAUUCUUUAUUUUUUUUUUUUUUUUUGCUACAUUGUUUUCAGUAAACCUCUAUUUAAAAACGAGGGGGGGAAAAAAUUCUCCAAAAAAUUUUGCAUUUAUGGGAAGAAAAUGUAGUGGAAAAACUCUUUCAGCCAACCAAACGUCAGGAUUUUGAGGCAGUAAAACGGCUUUGCUUUAUCACUGUUUUAAUAAUCUGAUUAUCGAGCUGAAUGUUUAUGAAGUUAAUUGUUACGUUUAAACAAAUGAAUAUUAUAUAUUAUAUAGAAAUAAAUGCAAUAAGAGAAAUGUC